CAGAAAGUCAGACCUGUAUCUUUAAGAGGCCGCUCUAUCCGAUGCUUUGUUGUACAGAAGGGGUCGGUUGGGGGAAGGGCCGCGGCAGAAGCCGUGUCUGACUAACUUGCAUAUGGCCAACUCGAUGGAGGAUUGCUACAGCAGGACGCCAAGGGAAAAACCACAAGGCUUUCCUCUGAAUUGAGACGCAGUAUCUCCAUCACACGAUGAUAUAAUCACCAAGAAAAGGAGGAAGACUUCAGGAUAGCCGAAGUUAGCUCCGGAGAUGUGCGGGGCCGAGAUUGCAGCGCUACGACGUGUUCUGCUUCUGUUGUGUCCAAGCGUGCCAGUUGCAUUUUGAGACGGUGUCCACUAGAGACCCAGGAGGCAUUAAAUUGUUCUAGAGGAAAAGGACAACAAACAAGGGAAAUGACCAUGGCUGCUGCCGUUGGCUUCUUCUCCAACGGACCUGUUCCAUGGACGGUCACAGACACAGAAAUGACCAACCUUUACCGAGACUUGGAACUAGGCACUGUGUUGACAUUAUUUUAUUCCAAAAAGUCCCAACGCCCGGAGAGAAGGACAUUUCAGGUGAAACUGGAGACCAGACAGAUCAUAUGGACAAGGGGCACAGACAAGGUCGAAGGAGAAAUUGAUAUCAGGGAGAUCAAGGAGAUCCGGCCAGGCCUGAAGUCUCGUGACUUUGAGCGCUACAUGGAGGACCCUGCGUCGCGCCUGGACGUCAACCACUGCUUCGUCAUCCUCUACGGCACCGAGUUUCGCCUGAAGUCACUCAGCCUAGCAGCAACAUCAGACGAGGAGAUGCAGAUGUGGCUGAAGGGGCUGUCCUGGCUGGUGGCCGACACCAUGAAGUCUCCCACUCCUCUGCAGAUAGAGAGGUGGUUACGGAAACAGUUCUACUCAGUGAAUCGGAACAGGGAGGAAAAGAUUUCCUGCAAAGACCUGAAAAAUCUGCUGUGUCAGGUCAACUACAGAGUACCUAACAUGAGGUUCCUGCGAGAGAAACUUCCGGAUGGGGAGCUGAGGAACGGUGAUGUCUCUUACUGUCAGUUUGCCCAGCUGUAUCGCAGCUUAAUGUUCGACGCCCAGAAGACAAUGGAGAUCCCAUUCCUGCAGAGGUACAUCGAUCGACCAGAGCAGAAGAUCACACUGGAGGAUUUCAAGGCGUUCCUGCUGGAGUACCAGAAGGAAAUGUGGGCCACAGACAACAACAAGGUGCAGGAGUUCAUGUUCAGCUACCUGAAGGACCCCCUCAGGGAGAUAGAGCAGCCCUAUUUCUUGCAGGAUGAAUUCCUCUCCUACCUGUUCUCCAAGGAGAACACCAUGUGGAACGACACGCUAGACCAGGUGCGGCCAGAGGAGAUGAACAGCCCUCUGUCCAACUACUGGAUCUCCUCAUCUCACAACACCUACUUGACAGGAGACCAGUUCUCCAGUGAGUCCAGUCUGGAGGCCUAUGCAAGAUGCCUACGGAUGGGCUGCAGAUGCAUCGAGUUGGACUGCUGGGAUGGCCCGGAUGGCAUGCCUGUCAUCUACCACGGCCACACCCUUACCACCAAGAUCAAGUUCUGUGACGUCCUGACGACAAUCAAGGAGCAUGCCUUCGUUACCUCCGAGUAUCCCAUCAUCCUCUCCAUCGAGGACCACUGCAGCAUCGUACAGCAGAGGAACAUGGCCACCCACUUCAAGAAGGUCUUUGGGGAGAUGCUGCUGACCAAAGCCGUGGACAUCUCAGCCGACGGCCUCCCCUCGCCCAAUCAGCUCAAGAGGAAGAUCCUCAUCAAGCAUAAGAAGCUCGCUGAGGGAAGUUCUUAUGAAGAAGUGUCCACCUCCACGCCCUACUCAGAGAACGACAUCAGUAAUUCUAUCAAGAACGGCAUAUUGUAUCUGGAGGACCCUAUCAACCAUGAGUGGUAUCCUCACUUUUUCGUCCUUACGAGUAGCAAGAUUUACUACUCUGAAGAAACGACAAGUAACCAGGGCAACGAUGAUGAGGAGGAGCACAGAGAGGUGUGUAAUGGCAUGGACCAGCACGUGACGGAGAAGUGGUUCCAUGGUAAGCUGGGCGCGGGGCGUGACGGUCGACAGAUAGCGGAGCGGCUGCUGUCGGAGUACUGUGUGGAGACGGGAGCCCCCGACGGCUCCUUCCUGGUCCGCGAGAGCGAGACCUUCGUGGGAGACUACACACUCUCCUUCUGGCGGUCCGGUCGGGUCCAGCACUGCCGGAUCCACUCGCGGCAGGAGGCAGGCAGCCCAAAGUUCUACCUGACAGACAACCUGGUGUUCGAUACGCUCUUCGCCCUCAUCACCCACUACCAGACGGUGGCGCUACGCUGCAACGAGUUUGAGAUGAAGCUGACCGAGCCCGUGCCACAGACCAACGCCCACGAGAGCAAAGAGUGGUACCAUGCCAACUUGUCCAGGAGUCAGGCGGAGAACAUGCUGAUGCGGGUGCCCCGCGACGGGGCCUUCCUGGUCAGGAAGAGGGUGGAGUUCAACUCCUAUGCCAUCUCCUUCAGGGCGGAGGGUAAGAUCAAGCACUGUCGCGUGCAGCAGGAGGGCCAGACGGUGGUGCUGGGCACAUCGGAGUUCGACAGCCUGGUGGACCUGAUCAGCUACUACGAGAAGCACCCACUUUACCGCAAGAUGAAGCUGCGCUACCCCAUCAACGAGGAGACACUGGAGAAGAUCGGCACCGCCGAGCCUGACUACGGUUCUCUGUACGAAGGGAGGAACCCUGGCUUCUAUGUGGAGGCGAACCAGAUGCCCACAUUUAAGUGCACAGUGAAGGCCAUGUAUGAGUACAAGGCUCAGAGGGAUGACGAGCUGUCCUUCAGUAAGAACGCUGUCAUCAGCAACGUGGACAAGCAGGAGGGCGGCUGGUGGAAAGGUGACUUUGGAGGCAAGAAGCAGCUUUGGUUCCCGGCCAACUAUGUGGAGGAGAUCAGCCCCACUGCUGUGGAGCCAGACCGAACUCAGCUGACGGAGAACAGCCCUCUGGGAGAUCUCUUGAGAGGAAGUGUGGAUGUGUCUACUUGUCAGAUAGUGGUUCGUCCGGAGGGCAAGGGCAGCAGGCCGUACGUCUUCACGCUGGUGUCGUCCGCCACGCCACGGCCGCCCAUGCUGGACAUCGCCGCCAGCUCCCCGGAGGAGCUCAAGGACUGGGCCUCCAAGAUCCGGGAGGUCACGCUGAGCUCAGAGGCCAAGCUGGAGGAAGGCAAGAUCAUGGAGAGGAGGAAGAAGAUCGCCCUGGAGCUGUCCGACCUGGUGAUCUACUGCCGGCCUGUUCCCUUUGAUGAAGAGAAGAUCGGAACGGAGCGUGCCUGUUUCCGGGACAUGUCCUCCUUCCCGGAGACCAAGGCGGAGAAGUACGUGAACCGGAUCAAGGGCAAGAAGUUCCUUCAGUACAACCGGCUGCAGCUGUCCAGGAUCUACCCCAAGGGCCAGCGCCUGGACUCCUCCAACUACGACCCCUUACCCAUGUGGCUCUGUGGCAGCCAGCUGGUGGCCCUCAACUUCCAGACCGCAGAUAAGCCCAUGCAGAUGAACCAGGCUCUGUUCAUGCUGAAUGGCAGGAGUGGCUAUGUCCUACAGCCGGGCAUCAUGAGGGAUGACAACUUCGACCCCUUCGACCGUCACUCACUACGGGCCGUGGAGCCCAUCACCCUGAACAUAGAGGUGUUGGGGGCACGCCACUUACCCAAGCAUGGCAGGGGCAUCGUGUGUCCCCUGAUUGAGAUCGAGGUGUGCGGUGCUGAGUAUGACAACGCCAAGCAGAAAACGGACUCCGAAGCGGACAACGGCCUCAACCCCACGUGGCCCCGCAAGUCCUUCCGCUUCUCAGUGGGCAACCCCAAGUUUGCCUUCCUGCGCUUCGUUGUGUACGAGAUCGACAUGUUCAGUGACCAGAACUUCCUGGCCCAGGCCACCUUCCCCAUCAACGGCCUCAAGACAGGCUACAGGUCGGUGCCUCUGAAGAACAGCUAUAAUGAGGACCUGGAACUGGCCUCCCUGCUCAUACACACGGACAUUGUCAGUGGAAGGCCCCAUGAGAACGGUGAGAUGAGUCCGUUCCUGGGUGCCGGGGCGGUGGGGCUGGCCAGCUACGUGGGCCGGGAGCGUAUGGGUGAGUCGGGCUCGGUGUCGUCCGCCUCCUCCAUGUCUCCGCUGCCCUCCUCGCCGGGCCAGGCUUUGGGCUACCGGGGCCGCGAGAACUCCUUUGAGGCGCGCUACCAGCCCCCGCUCGACGACUUCAGGGUGUCCCAGCAGGAUUCACUGCUCGACCACGUGGACCCCCAGAACCGUAGGCUGAUGCGGAGGACCCGAGUGGGUGGAGAGAAUCGAGUCUAGAUUGGGUGACGCCGUCGACAAGACUCUCCCUGGCCUCAACGCUGGGCAGACGCACUCUCUCCCUCUCUCCCUCUUUCAUUCCCUCGCCCUCCAUUUCUCUCUCUCUCUCUCUCUCUCUCUCUCUCUCUCUCUCUCUCUCUCUCUCUCUCUCUCUCUCUCUCUCUCUCUCUCUCUCCCCCUCCCUCACCCCCGCUCAGUUCAGCUCGCUCGCUCUCCCUGCUGGUGCCGACGAUGUCACGGACUGCUGUGAAACUGGUUACUAUGGAAACGUUAGCCAGAGCUUGUGGCCCACAUUUCAGGCAGAGCUCCCCCCUGCACGCCUGCUCUGCUCUGCUCCGCUCUGCUCCGCUCUGCUCCCUCUCUCUGUCCCCAGCCCACCAGCACCAAAUCCCUAACCCCUAACACACACACACACACACACACACACACACACACACACACACACACACACACACACACACACACACACACACACACACACACACACACACAAAGUGGUGUGGCUGGAGGUAUGAGGACAUGAAAGUGAGGAGACUCUGCAGACUUGGAAACUACACAAACUGAAUCUGCCAGGCAGUGGAGCCAUUGCCUGGUGAAUGGAGGAACAUGAGGAAUGAGGAAGACACAGCCGUGUGUGUAUGUUUGUGAGUGAGUCAGUGAGUGAGUGUGUUUAUGUGGAGGUUUUUAAUGAGGAGAGGGAAACAUGCAAAAAGUGUCACUGGCAUCAGUUUGAAACUGUUUCCCCAAACUUUGGGUUAAGUAUUUUAGUUAAGUGUUUUUUUUAUUUUUAUUUUAUUUUCUCUGGCAUAUAUAAGUAUAUAUAGAUUUCUAUAUGAAGAUAUAUUUAUUUCAGCUUUGUUGUUUACCAGAGAACAGCUGUAGCUGAUGUGCUCUCAAAGAGCCCCUUUUUCUCCUUAGAUUUUGUUUUUAUGGAUUAUUUUUUAUGUUAUUUAAACCUUUUUAGUUUGAUCCUCUCAUAAUGUGACACCUUCCUUAUUUUUUACUUUGUAAGACCAUGUGUAAAACACAAGGGCUUGACUUGGGGCCCAUUUUUAAAUAUGACACUCUUUUUCUCUCUGUGAUUCCCUUAUUUCUUUUCGUUCUUUUCGGUGAGAGAUGGUAGUGCCUGGCCUGGCCAUGAAAAAAACACACCAGUGCUGUUUUUUUCUUUCCUUUUUUUGUCAAGUCAGGGGAAAACCCGUUCAGGACAGCCUGAACAGAAGCCUGAGGAGGAAGAGGACGUGGUCUGUUUGUGUUGGACGCCUGUACUCUUCAGGAAGACACAGGAGAGGGUUACAGGGCUUUUUUGGCAUCGUCUUCUGGGUUCUCCCUCUCCUCUCCUCCUCUCCUCUCCCUCAGCCCACCUCAGUCCCAGAGCCCUGGCUUCUCUGGCGUUUGUUUUGUUUUGAUUUUGUUGAGUUUUAGCCCUCCCUCAGCAUUGUGUUGUGUUAGAAAGAGGCAGGGUGAUCUGGACGUGGCGAUGGAGAAAUAAGCCAUGAAUGGACCGGGACUUCCCUCACUGUUGUUGAGGUCACCUGUCUUUAUUCCACCACGGCAGUACAGCAGGCCAGGACACUCGGCAGACCACAGAGCUGCACACUCCUCUCAUCUGUUGCUCAGUAUUCUACAGUGUGCCCUGCUAAACUGACCAUCAUGAGUGUCAAAAGAUGUUUUUUUCUUUUUAUGAAAUCUUUUUUUCUCCCUGUUCAAUCUUUACAGGGAGGAUAAAUAUCCAAUAGUGUUAUUUUUAUUGUUUUUUAAAUUUUAUUUCUGUUCGAAGAUACAAUGCAAAAUGUGCUGUGUGUGUGUGUGUGUAUAUAUACCUAAAACAUGUAUCUUUAACCAACCACCCCCAACAGAACCUUUCACUGUUAAUGAGUCAGUUUUAUCAUGAGACCUAUCAUGGCUUACUUUUUUUUUUUAGGUUGCUGGAAGACAUUUUAUUUGUUUAUGCUUUAAUUUUGGUUAAAUAUUUUGGAGAGGCUGUUUGGGAGCUGAAGCAUUUUGAGUUUAAGUGUGGUGUUUUAUAAAAAACUGCCCGUUUCUUCUCCCGCUUCUGAUAAAAUGGUAGUCUUUGUUGUCUCUUAUCUUUGAAGAACUUUUUGACCUACUAACAUCAGAAAUUCAGCCAUGAUCUAAAUGCUUGUGUGUUGUUGUCAAAUAUGCCAAGGAACAGUAGUGCAAGCACAGGAAAGAGAGCACCUCGUUUUGGGCUUGUUGUUGUUGGUUUUUUUAAUUUUUUUUUUUUUUUUAAAAAGCAGAUGACUUUACACCAAAUAAGUGCAGUAUUGCAAAAUGAGGGACCAAAUAGAAUGAAAAAAAAACCUAAACGGUGCACUGAGCAAUGUAAGUAGUAGAGUAUGGAGUGACAUUUGUUUGGGAAUUUUGUUUCUCCACCGAAUGUGAUGUAUUCAUGCGUUGGUGGACCAAAAAACAAAAACUGGGUUAGUCUCGGAGGUCAGUAAAAUAUUAUUUAUAUUCCAGGAUUUUUUUUCAAACUCAGUCUAACUUGAAAGUUCCUGCUUUUGUCCAUUGAAGUGUGGUUGUUCUCUUGUACACAUAAAUAAUGCAAUCGCCUGUUGGAGAUAUGACAAUGGUGAAGCCCUGGUAGUAUAAGCUCUACACGGGCACAAUUAUUCUACAACUGCAGUUACUGUAUUCAUCCUACAGAGGUCAUGCAGGAACCCCGGGAGGCUUUCAAGCCUUGUGUGUGUGUGCGCACUAAUGUUAGUGAAGCAUGUGUGCAGGGGCCUAUACUAAGAAGCUGGUUUAGGGGUAAGAAAAUGAGGCCUUCAGGCUCUUCUAUUAGAUGAUUUACCUCUCAACUUAACCUUGUUUACUCCUAAAACAGCUUCUUAGUAUGCCCCUCGUGUGUGUGUGCGUGCGUGCGUGCGUGCGUGCGUGCGUGCGUGCGUGCGCGCGCGCGCAUAAUGUACUUAGUCAUCUUAAAUUCUCUAAAAAAAGGUCUCCUGAGAUGAAUGAUUUUUUUUUCUCAGAGAACUUGUGAAGUUGCACACCUGUCACUCUGUGGCUAUUGAGGUGUACUAACAACACAUAGGCUACCAACAUUGGACAUUACAUGACAACAGAGGGAUGCUUGUUAUGUGUAUCUGCAUUACACAAAACCUUUCUUUCAUAUGACAUAAAAAUAUAGCUGUUACUAGAGGACUAUGAUGGUCUACUAAGCUUAGUGCCACUUGAAGUGAUGCCGCUGGUUGAGGGCUGAAGUACAAAAAAAGAGAAACAGUCAUGCACAAUCACUGCAACAUGAAACCACAGCAACGAAGAAACAAAGUCAGAACCGUAUCAAACUGGCUUGGCCUGUAACCUUUCAGUACAUGAUGGCUGUUCCUGAGCCUUGACCAUCUUAGGACUUCACAGGAAGAAUGGGCAUAGUCACAAUUUUUAACCCUGUGAAUAAAUGAGCGUAGCCUCAAACUGGAGGUAUUUGCAGAUAAAAUCAAUUUUUAAAAAUCAGCACUUUCUGGCCACAAAAUACAUUGUGGCUAUGCUCUUUCCCCCCCAAAAUGACUCAUCUGUGUUUUCUGUGUGAAGAACAUCAGGAUUGUCAAGUGUCAACUUUCUGACCAACCGUGUGCCGUCAACAGUGCAACUGACCCUGGGCUGUGGUUGACUGCAGUGUGGGUCUUCAAUUCAAUUCAUUCAUUCAUUCACCCACUCACAUUAUUCUCCUCAUGGGAUGUGUUGCCUCAGAGAUGACGUAUGUUUGCUUUCUGGCUCUUGAUGUAGGCUACUAGUUAAGCUCCUCAAAAUGCUGUGCUGUUGAUGACCAGUAAGUAUAAAACUUGAGAAAAAAAACUAAAAACUCAUUUUACCAUGAAUUUCCCAUUAGCACGUGUGAGUGAAAAAUAUAAAAGGGCAG